AGAAAACUUGUUUUGAUGUUAUUUUUGCUCCUUGUUUUACCCGUUGUAGAGUUUGUAGCAUGCAUCACCUGUAGGAUGCUGUUUGGCAUCACUUCAACGUGCUUUUACUUAUUUUGUUUGUUUCUUUCCAUUUUCAGUCAGAAUCGAAGCCAAAGUUAUUAACCAUAUUGUUCUUUCAUUUUCAUUUCAUGAGUUUUCUGCUAUGUUAUGUUUGCUGUCUUUUCUUAAUUCCCUGAUUCCGUUCUUUAAUGUCCAUCAGCCCAAGUGGACAUCAUUUCUUGUCUACGAAAGAAGUUUCUUCGUAUUUGCAUUCAGUUUUUGGAACUCAAGAUACUCAGCCAAAUCCUUAUUCUAGUGUUGAGACCGGUGUGGGAAAAAACUUGGCAACUGGAAGGAUUGCAAAUCUUCUACACAAGGAUGUAGAGACUAAGGAAGAUUUCACUCGCCAUCAAGCAUCAAUUCAGGCACCUAUAUUUACUGAACAAGAGAACACAGCAACCCCAUUUCGGGAUGAAAGCUUACCAUUGGUUGAAGCGAAUGAUUAUUUAGUUUGUCACAAAUGCAACACAAGUUAUGCUGAUAAGGAUGCAUAUCUGCAGCACCUGUUGACUUCACAUCAGAGUAAAAACAAGUCCAGACUCUGCACAUCUAUUUCUGAUGGAGUGAUAAUUAAGGAUGGAAAAUAUGAAUGUCAAUUCUGCCACAAAAUUUUCCUGGAGAAACAUCGUUACAAUGGGCAUGUCGGUAACCAUGUGAAAGCCUAUGUCAGGAGGCUUGAAUCAUCAGGAAAGGCAGCUGAACCAAAGAGAUUACAGUUGUCACCCUUAGGUGUGACACCUUCCGUGAUCUUUAAGGGCAACGAAAUGCUUGACAACGACAGGGAUUCUAUACCUCAGGCUUUUGGGGAUCCUAAAGAAGAGAUGAAUGGCGAAGCUCCUCGUAGCAUUCUUGUUGUGGAAUCUGUUACAGAAGCUCUGAAUGCCAAAACUCACUGUGAUAAAAUGAAUGUUGAGGAUUUGCGUAGUGCAUCAGGUACCGAUUCUAUUACAGAAAGUCUUCCUUCCAAUCCUGCUUGUGAUGAUCUGAAUGUUGCAAAACCCCAUAGUGCACCAGUUGCAGAUUCCUCUCCAGGAACUCUUAAUGCGAAGCCUGGCAAUGAUGAAAAGCAUCACAGUGAACUAGUUCUGGAAUCUGCAGAGACUUCUAAUGCCAAGUCUCAUGAUGACGAGAUGAAUGUAGAUGCCCCUCAAAGUACACCAGUUUUAGAUUCUGCUCCAGAAAUUUCUAAUUCCAAAUGUAGCAAUGUUGAGAUUCUCAUAGAAGAACCUCUUACUACAACAGGUAAGGAUCCCGUUCAAAGUAUCUCUGAGACCAACUCUAUCCUUGAUGGGAUGGACGUUGAAGCUCCUCAUAGUGCAGCAGUUGCAGGUUCUGCUCCUGAAACGCACAAUGCGCGAUAUAACUAUGGUGAAAGGAAUGGUGAAGCUCCAAAUGAUAUACCAUAUAGGGAUUUUGUUCGAGGACCUGGUAGUGCUAAAUCUAACCUUGACGAGAUGAAUGUGGAAGCUCCUUGUUAUGGUACACCAGACAUGGAUAUUGCUCCUGAAACUCUUAUUUGCAAACGUGACAGGGCAAGUGAUGAAGCUCCUCAUAAUAUUCCUGUUACUGAUUCUCAUAGUGGCAAAUCCAACCAGGACAAGAUGAAUGUGGACGCCCCCUACUAUAAUACAAUAGACAUGGAUUCUAUUUGCGAAGCUCGGAUUCCCAGACCUAACUGUGAUCUGGUGAGUGUUGAAGCUCCUCAUAAUGUACCGGUUAAUGAAUCUGUUCCAGUGGCUGCAGAUGCCAAUUAUUGCGAUGGAAAAAUUAGCGGUGAAGCUCUUCACAGCACACGAGUUACAGAUCCUAUUUCAGCAACUUUUGAGGCAAAAUGUAAACUUGAUGCGGUCAAUGUUGGAGCUCCUGUGAGUGCAACUACUGAUUCUUUUUUAGGAAUGUUAAAUGCCAAAUCUGAUCAUGAGGAUGUGUAUGUCGGUGUUCCUCAAAGUGCUCCUAUAAGGUAUCCCGUUCAAGGAAUUUUUGGUGCCAGAUAUGAGAUGAAUCACGAAGCUUCUCCUCGUAUCACAGCAUUUACUGGCUCUAUUCCAGGAAAUUCAAGUGCCAAAUUUAAUUAUGGUGGGUUGAGUGCUGAGGCUCCCCCUCAUUGUGCACCGUUUAAGGAUUCUGUUCUGAGAAAUUUGAAUGCCAAAUCUUACUUUGAUGAGAUGAAUGUUGAAGCUCCUAGUUGCACGCCAGCUACAGAAUCCAUCUCAGGAGCUUCUACUGCCAAAUCCAAUUGGGGAUUACAUCUGGCUUCUUCAUAUAGCAAACAAGGUGGUGGGGCUGAUAAAUUGAAUGAAACUUUGGCUGAUGGAUAUUAUGAUAAGCAGCAGAGUAAUUAUGCUACAACUGCAAAUAAGUUGGGUGAGAUCCAUGACCACAGUAAUAACAUGUACGGAACAUUUAAUACUCUCUUGUAUUCGCAACCUAUGUCACCUAGUGAGAGAGCGGGCGCAUCUAAAGCUUCUACUGGAGAUUAUGUUUUUGGCACUAGUGGGCAAAGUGACAGAUAUGGACUUCACCAGGAAAGGUUUAUCGAGAGAGUGGGUACAUCUAAAACCUCUAAUGCGGAAUAUGUCUAUGGAAGUGCUAGUGGGCAUAAUGACAAGUGUGGUCCUCAGCAGGAAGCCGGUUCUGAAAGCUGUUGGCUUUCUCUGUCAAUUGGUCACCAAAUUAACGAUGCUGCAGCUAGUGUCGAUGAGGUUUUCUCUCUCAUACCAAAGGGGUCCCAGUUUUCUGAAGUCAAAGAAUCUGACAAUAAUGAGCCAGGAGAUUUUUUCGCCUCAAGGGAUUCUGCGCGCGGGAAGGAUGUAUUAACUAUUGGGAGUAUCGACGAAGGGAAUUUACUUGAGACGCUGGAAUUGGCGAAAUCAUCUAACUGUUUCCCCACUUUCAAUAUGGUUUCGGAUAAGGAACAAGGAGAAAAUAAUAUGCAUUCUGUUAACUCGAGGCAGGUUGAGAAGGUAUCAGAUUUUGAAGAACUGAGGUUGGAUGACAUGGAAUCUUCAAGGUUUAGCAGCUUUAUGGGUCAAGGUUUAACAGAUAUUGAAAAUUCUAUUAGCUUUGAUUGGGCUUCAAUGUUACCAAAUAUGGAAAAUAGGCCACAGCUCACCCCCACUGUUUGCGUUUGGUGUGCGCUGGUAUUCAACAUCGAUGUUACGGACUCAGCAACUGAGUAUAAUUCUGUUGGUUAUAUGUGUCCUUCCUGCAAGGCAAAGAUUUCUGGGCAUCUAUAAUGACUUGCCCAGAAAACAAGGAGUUUAGGACACUUUUGUCCUCUAUCUUUAUAGGUAACUCUGUUGGUGCUGUUACUUGAUUUAGGGUGUUUCAGUGUAAAUUUCCUUCAGCAGUUAAAUGAAUUGUUGCCCAUUGGUAGUGUUGCUAUUUUACUAUGGUGUACAAGUAGUUAUAGUUGUAGUUGAUUGUGUCUUUUGUAGCAUUAUAUCAAGGCAAGUUGUUGUAUUUUGGGAGUUUCUUCUUUGAACAGAACUCGCCUUAUAGAGAAAUAUCCAGUCUGGAUCAUUAGAAACAGCAGUAUACUCGUAUAUUAAGUACUAUAUUAUAUGAUUAUCUCUGUAUAUACAUCAUA